UUCUCUAUAAUAAUCCCUGGCAUCAUUUUUUAUUUUAUUUUAUUUGCAGCAAAUGAGGGGAAAAUAAUUAUUAACAUAUAUCUUUAUUUUAUUAUGUCCAAAAGUAUUAAAGCACUCAGUUUAAAGGGCAAACAAGAUUGGAAUACAUCUAUUUAUAGUUUCUCGCGCAAUGUACGUAACAAUAUGAUAUGGGAAAAAGAUGGAGCUACAAAACAAGCCCUCAAGCAUUUUUUUCAAAACCAAUUAACAUCAACCCCUGCCUUUAGUCAUUCACCUUCUCGAGUAACGAUCCAAUUGUAUUAUUAUGCUGAUACUGCAUUUAGUAAUCUAGCAGAUUUUAAACUUGAACCACUUGAAAAACUCAUAAGCUCCUUCUAUCCUGGCAAAUUUGUUGAUCUAAGAUUGAUUCGUGUCCACUAUCCUUACAUGAAUGCAGAAAUUUUAGCUCAAUAUUUAACAAUUAAUUCAGAACGCAUGGGUUGGUCACAAUUGACCCGUCGAUUUAUGAAAUCUGUACCAUUAGUAAAGCCCCCUUUACCACAUAAUAUGCCAUUUGCGGUACAAUGGAAUAGUUUGUUACCUCAAGUUUCUAAUGGACAACUUACAUCUGCUAUUCAAGGUAUUAAAUAUCAAGUAUCAGGUCGUCUUGGUCGUAAAAAGGGUGCCUCAAGAUCACAGGUGUUGCGUAAGUCAUUAGGCACAUUUCAAUUUACUAGCCACAAGUCAUUAGUAGAUGUUGGACGCCAUACAUUUUCAAAUAAGAAUGGUAGUAUUACAAUAAAAGUUUGGAUUGCCUCAACUUUGUUUGGUGUGAAUGCAAUGGCAAAUAAGUUGAGCAAAAAAGCUAUAGAAUCAACUGCUGCGAAAUUGUAACUUCUUAGGAAAAAAAAAGAUCAAAAAGGACAUAUUUAUUGUAUAUCUCGACAAUAAAAAGGAUAUAUAUAUGAAUAUACAUAUAUGUAUAUAUGUAUAUGUAUAUAUUGAAGAAAAUAGAUAUUGUAUAAUGGAAUGUAAUAUUAAAGUGUAUUAAAAU